UCGUCUGGAGUCGUGGGUCUAUGAUUCAAAAAAUCGAACAUAAAUUACCCUACAUACUUGUUGUUGUUUCGGACUGAAAUUUGUUAGAUUUUUGUUUAUUUAUAAUUGUAGAUUGUUUAGUAGCAUUAUUCAUUACAAAAAAUACAACUAUGCCUCUAUCAAAACGAAGAAGAUUGUUUACACCCAAAAAGGGUUCCAAAGUAAAACCUAACACCAAGGCUUCCGAGGAACCAAAUGUUGAUAAUGAAGUUACAACAGCCCGCGGCCGCCUCAAAGGUGCCUUGAUGGAAAUGAUGGAACCUGCAGCUGAAGAAUCAGAUGCUUCUUCAGACUAUAUACCUGCCAAACGGGAAAAGCUGACAACUACUAUAUACCUUAGUCAAGAUCAGAGGGAGCCGUCUUCAGAAGAGGAAGAAAAACCAGCAAGGCGCCGGAAAUCUCCACUACGCCAGUCUUAUGUUCUAAAACUAUUUGAUAGGAGUGUAGAUCUCUCACAGUUUAACGAGGAAUCCCCACUUUAUCCCAUUUGCAGAGCUUGGAUUGCUAAUCAGCCUAAGGCUACCUACAGUGAUAUUAGUUCCAGAAAACAACAAGAACCUGCACCAGAAGAGAGCAUAGACCUGCCAGGUCCAGAAGGGCCAGUCAUAUCUCGGAUACCAAGCUUGCUUCCUCGGCAGAAAGUAUGCAAAGACAGUAUCAAUUUGAAUUAUCUUGAAGCCCCUCCCCCAAGCAAAGAACAACUGUUAAGCCAGCACACGUCCCGCUGGGUGGAAGUGCGCAAUGCCUGGCUGCAGCAGGCCAUGCUGGUGGAGACACGGUACUCUGCCACGCAGGCUUUGCUCAACAAGAUCAACCACAACAAUCUUUAAAUAAAAUCAAGAUUCCAACAGUAAGCAAGAAGGAUUUCUAAAUUUAAUUUAAUUUUAUAGCAUUUUUUGAUUGGUUUCAUUAUUUGUAUCAAUGUGAUUGAGAUGUGUGUCAUC